GGUGUUUCCUGAGGAAGUUGAUGAUGGUGAAUGUGGCUGCUAGGAACGUUAGGUGCACCUCAAAACAGGACAUGACUUCCCAAAACCUGGACAGCUUAAUGGACACCGUGGACAAUCCACAGGACCACAACAAUAUAGUCAACCCCCUGGACCUCAUAACUGCUGUGUUUCUUUGCUCAGAUGGCUUUCUCCAGCAGGAGAUGGUUUUGAAAAUGUCCAUGUGCCAGUUCUCUGUGCCUCUGCUGCUUCCUGAAUGUGAUACACAGCAGUGCACUUUAAUGCUCUGGGCCAUGAGGGAUAUUGUGAAAAAGUACAAGCCGCACUCUUUGAGAGACCCAAAUGGGUUUGUGGAGGAGAGCAUUGUUCUCUCUGAGCUCCCCAUGAUCUCUUUCGUGAGGCUGGGAGACAGCAACUUGUCCAAGUCUCACAUUCUGAACCAGCUUCUCAGUAGCCCUCAGGAGCACCACGAAACCUUUGUUCACAGAAACAUGGAGUGCGGUAACACCCCAAGGAGGAUUUCCAAUGGGCUGGUGGAGAUCAGCUGGUAUCUGCCCAGUGGAAACAGAAGCAUUGACAUCUUCUCUGAGCCACUGGCUAUAGCUAACCUCCGUGGGGACCUCAGUGACUUUAAAACUCAGUAUGCUUUCCUCUGCCGCACCUCUGCUGCCAUAUUUGUGUUCUGUGAUGAUUUUGGGUUUGAUUACCAAAUUCUGGACUCCAGGAAACUUCAGGUUCCUUGGUACUUGAUCAGCAAUUCACAGAGCAAGAACUUCAAUAAGGAUGACUUAAAGAGGUGUAUUUCUGAGCUAAAACCCAGUAACAUCAUUAUAACGUGUUCGCAGAUGAACGAUGCAGAAUUCACCAAACACCUGCGUGUGGCUAUCAGUAGCAUUUUAAAGGGAAACAUGCUCAAAAAGAGUGUUGACGGGAUGUCUGCUGUUGCCCAUGAGCUUGGAAUCCAUGUUGAUGAAGAUUAUGUCGACUGUCAGAGGGGCAAGCAGAAGGCUAAUGAAAUCACAAAAAGGAUUUCUGUUAUACCAAGCUUCAAGGAGAAAGAGCUGCCCUUGCAAGGAUCUGCAUGGAAACAGCUGGCCAAACUGGAGAAGGAAGAGUGCAGGAUGAAAAAUGCUGGGGAGAAAAAUAUAGAAGUUUACAGGAAUGAGCUUGCAGAUCAGAAGCAGCAGCUCAGAGCACAGCAGAGUGCUCACAACAUCUCAGAGUCUAUGUCCCGUUUCAUCUCCGCGAUGUCUGGUUCCACAGAAGAGCGCAAGUAUUUCCUCAAGUGGAUGAGGAUCAACCUGGACAACCUGUCACGCAAAAGCCUUCCACGCCUUCGAGCGGAGUACAAGAAACAGUGUCAGAAUUCUGAGGAAAACAACAAGCUUAUUGUACAGUUGGACCAGGAGAUCUCCAGUUCGUCUCUGGGGACAGAGCACUUCUUGCGGGAAAUGGGUCAGCUGUACGAAUCGGCCUGCUCACUCCCCAAAGACCCCACCCCUGAAAUUCAGCGCCUGCCACGUCUUUGUGCUGAGCUGCUGCAGGAAGGCUUUCCUCUGGAGCUGGUGGAUGGAGAUGCAUCCAACAUUCCUCUGCAGUGGGUGACUCAGGUUCUGAAGGAACUCCAUCAACUAACACAGUGUAAAGGAAAGAUCCGGGUGGUGACUGUACUGGGGGUGCAGAGCACUGGGAAGUCCACCCUCCUGAACACCAUGUUCGGGGUCCAGUUUGCUGUCAGUAGUGGCAGGUGCACGAGAGGGGCCUUCAUGCUCCUCAUCAGAGUGAAAGAGGAUUUUAAGGAGCAGCUUGGUUGUGAUUACAUCAUGGUUAUUGACACUGAAGGUCUGAAGUCACCAGAGUUGGCCCAGUUGGAUGACAGUUAUGAGCAUGAUAAUGAACUGGCCACUGUGGUGGUGGGGCUGAGUGACAUCACAGUCAUCAACAUCGCCAUGGAGAACUGCACAGAGAUGAAGGACAUCCUGCAAAUUGUGGUGCACGCCUUCCUGCGCAUGAAAGAAGUUGGGAGAAAACCCUGCUGUCAGUUUGUGCACCAGAAUGUACCAGACAUCUCUGCUCAUGAAAAUAACAUGAGAGACAGGAAUAUUCUGCUGAAGCAGCUGAAUGAGAUGACCCAAGCAGCAGCUAAGAUGGAAAAGAAGGGAAACAACAAACAAUUUACUGAUGUCAUGGAGUACGAUCCAGAGAGAAACACCUGGUACAUCUCUGGGCUCUGGCAUGGCAUCCCUCCCAUGGCACCGGUGAAUGCUGGCUACAGUGAGUCUGUGAAUCUGUUCAAGAGGAGUGUGUUGGAGCAUUUUAAAGAACAUAAAUCUGGAAAGAGCUCACCACACACAAUCAAUGAGUUCCUUGAAAGGACCAAGAGUUUGUGGAACGCAGUGAAGUAUGAGAACUUCAUAUUUAGUUUCCGCAACAGCCUGGUGGCUGAUGCUUAUACUCAGCUUUGCACUGAGUUCAACAAAUGGGAGUGGGCCUUCAGGAAGAGCAUGUACUCCUGGUUAAUGGAAGCUGAGACAAAGGUGUCAAACUUUGAUUCAGUGGCAGCACAGAGUCAGCCAUCCACCAAUGUGGCUGACUUACUGCGCAGCCUGAAAUAUGAGGCCUCCCUAGAACUCAAUAAAAAUGAAAAGGUCAUUUUGGAUAAGCUCAUGGAUUUUUAUGAUAGACCAGAGGGACAUGUACAUUUAGUACAGAAGUACAAGGAGGAAUUCAUAUGCUCAGCAAAAACCAUCCGGAAGGAGACAGAGAACUCUAUAAAAAACACGCUUGAGGCAGCUGUGGAGAUUAGAAAGGGUAUGUUCAGGUUAGAGAGCAUCAAGAAAAAUCAUACAGCCACAAUGGAGCAGAAAGUCCUGGACCUGGUUGAGAAAUGCAGGAAAGGGAAAGUUCUGUCCGAAACGCAUCUGGAGGCCGAAUUUGAGAAGAUGUGGAAUGAGACUGUGAAAGAACUGCAGUUCUGUGGCCUGGAAAAACGAGAUAUUGUCCAAGAUAUCCAACACCAGCUGUGGGUUAACUUAGAUAGAGAAGGCAGCUCAGUACAUGAAAUUCUGUCCAAAGUGGGCAACUUAUCUGAAUAUGGAUUUGAGCCAUUCGAAGUGAAGAGUCAAGGAAUGAUUAGAAUAGUGUUGAACCAUUUUAAGUUUAAAGGUGACCAGAAGAUAAAGUCACAAAAGAUGGCUGAUCACAUCAUUGAGUGCAGCAGGGAGUUUGUUGAGGAGAAAGUGAGAACAAGGUCUGAUUACCAUAACACAUACAUGAUUGGCUUGUUUCAUAUGAUAGAUGAAAACCUGGACAGGAAAAAGGAUCUGGGAACAAGUGCUGAGUUUCAGGCCAAAUUGAAGAUCCACAUCUGUGGACAUGCAGCACGGGAGUUUGAAAAAAUGCAUUUGGAUUUUAUCCGUGCAAAUGAUCCCCGUCACUGUCUGGAGCAGUUCAAGGAACAGUACUGCACUGACUUUAAGGACCUGUUCCAUAAAAGAGACCAGUGUCAGAAGAAAGCAGAGGAGUUCACCUUCAAGUGCCUUGCACCUGCGGUGAAGGAAUACAUCACCAAGUCUCUGGGCCCUGACCUUGUGGAUGAAGUGCUGACAGGGCAAAAAGGCAUUGAUUUCAGCACUCGAUCCUUUUUCCAGUUCUCAAUCCUCAAGCAGCUGCUUUCAGAUGAUGACUUCAAGAAAUUUGCGAAUUACAUAACAAACUACGAGAGCUUUGUGCAGAACUGCAUAUUUGAGCAGAUGGUACAGCAGUUCACAGAGGGAGGUUGUCUCAGGAACAUUGAGAUUAAGCAUCAGAAGGUGGUGGUUCAACGAUUAAAGGAAGCCAUUAAUAAUGCAGAGAGGAAGACCAAUGACAGAGUGACAGAAAGGGGUGAGGAGGACCAGAACAUUCAGCAGUUCAUUCAGGAUAUCUGUAGUGACCUACAGGAGCUCAUCAUUCCCAAAGACCCCCUUGACGUGGUCCUGGCCUUAAACACUGCCAAGCCAGAAGACUUUUCCCAGUGUCUGAAGAGGCUUGUGGAUGAAAUGGAGCAGUCCAUUACUGCAGAGUUUCAGAGGGGUGGGGAUGUGAGGGCCAGGCUGACCUCACUGCCCUUUCAGCCACAGAAGGAGCUGUUUAACAGGGUGUUUGGCUGUGGGAGGCAGUGUCCCUUCUGCAUGACCCCGUGUGAAGCAGGUGGCAAAUACCACACAGAGCACUUUGCCUCCAUUCACCGUCCUCAGGGGAUCGGGGAAUACAGAUUUGUGGACUCCGGUAUAUUAAUGUGUGAGGUCUGCUGCACCAGUGUUGCCAGUGAGAGAAAAUUCAGAUCAAGUGAAACAAAGUGGGAAUAUCAUCUAUACAAGAACUAUCAGAGCAUUUACCCUGACUGGCGCAUCCAACCUGACACCAGCAUCCAGGCCUCAGACUACUGGAAGUACGUCUUCAACAAGUUUAACGAGAAGUUUGCCAAAGAAUAUGACGCUAUGCCAGCUGACAUUCCCCACGUUUGGAGAGAUAUAACCCAGGACCAAGCCAUGGAAAGCCUGGAGGAAUCCUUCCAGAUGAAAACAGAAGGAGAUUAAAUUAAAUGGAUUAUAUGGCCCCUGUGUCAGUCAGGUUGAAAAUUUAUUUUCUGAGUGGCAUUAAUUCUACUCACACAUAUCAUGGCUAAUCGCAAAAAGUGCCCCAACCAAGUUUAAUCCUAUGCAAGAAAGGGCCAUAGGUUAAAAAUAAAAAUAAAAAACAUUUAAAAAAGGGAGCAUUAAAUUGAAUCAUCACUGAUGUUAAGAAAGAGAGAGAUCACUGAUACAUACAUUACUGCAUUUAUACAUAUAAAACCACAUACAUGCUAACAUAGGAUGUUACUUCUAUCAUAAUCUAUGCAGCUUUUAUCUUAUAUACACACUGUCUGAGUUAGCAUGGCUGAGCUUUGUUAAUUAUUCCAUUGCUUGGAUGCAUAAUCAGGGAUGGUAACUAGGCUGAGAUAUUUUAAGUUUGUUUAAUUUUGUGACCUUCUCUAUAUCAGAAAGAAUACCUUUAACGAAAAUACAAAUUACAUUUUAUGUUUUAUUCUAUGCUUCCUAUAAUUAAUAUUUUCUAUUAAUAAAGCACAUAACCUUUAUGUAUUAUUGAUAAUAUUACCAGCUCUUCAUCACUGCUUGCUUAGCUGUUUGAAGUCAUACAUUAUUAAGUGCCUUAAUAAUCUGUUUACACAAUAGCAUAGCUUUCAUUCAUUCAUAUUCUUCAAAUAGUUUCAACACAUGGUUUCUUGUUACGAUGUUUAAUAGUUGUUAUCACUUUAUGAGCCUUUGUUAUCACUUUAAAAGCCUUAAUAUAGAAAUUCACUGUUCCUGAAAAAAAGAAAAUUGACCUUUGAGGCCCAAAGAUGCCAUCCAUCAACCCACGAUCUAUACCUGCUUAUCCUGGUCAGGGACGCAGGGGCUGCUGGAGCCUAUCCCAGCAUGCAUUGGGAGAGAGGCAGGAAUACACCCUGGACAGAUCGCCACAUACACCAUCCACUCAUACCUAUGGGCAAUUUAGAGUCUCCAGUUAGCCUGCUGACAUGUCUUUGGACUGUGGGAGGACAUGCAAACUCCACACAGAAAGGCCCAGGGAUUCAAACCUAGGACUGCACCACUGUGCCACCCUUAUAGCUUUUGUGAUGACUGUUUAUUUUUCUUUUUUAGAACGCUGGAUUUAAAAUUUGUUUUGCUUCUUUGCACUUUGUAAAAUUGAUGUAUUUCACCACAUGUUUGAGCAUUUAUUGCUUGCACAAAUGGCAUAAUCAAAAUAAAUGUUUAAUUUCAUCUG